CGCCCAGGCUAAGGGGCAACUCCGGCCGUGCUCCUUGCAGCAUGGCACCGGCUCUGCAAUAGCCCGGAGCAGCGUUCGGGGGACACGGGGUCUCCCGGGGUGGGGGGCGCCCUGCAGCCUCGGUCAUGGAUGUGAACAAGAUGACUGUCAGCAUCAAUAAGGCCAUUAAUACGCAGGAAGUGGCCGUAAAGGAAAAACACGCCAGAACGUGCAUCCUGGGCACACACCAUGAGAAAGGGGCUCAGACCUUUUGGUCAGUCGUCAACCGGCUGCCUCUCUCCAGCAAUGCGAUGUUGUGCUGGAAAUUCUGCCACGUGUUCCACAAGCUCCUCCGAGACGGACACCCAAACGUUCUGAAGGACUCCCUGAGAUACAAAAGUGAAUUGAGUGACAUGAGCAGGAUGUGGGGCCACCUGAGCGAGGGGUAUGGGCAGCUCUGCAGCGCCUACCUCAGACUGCUGAGAACGAAGAUGGAGUACCACACCAAAAAUCCCAGGUUCCCAGGCAACCUUCAGAUGAGUGAUCGACAGCUGGACGAGGCUGGAGAAAGUGACGUUAACAACUUUUUCCAGCUCACAGUGGAGAUGUUUGACUACCUGGAGUGUGAACUGAACCUCUUCCAAACUGUGUUCAACUCCUUGGACAUGUCCCGUUCCGUGUCAGUGACGACAGCCGGGCAGUGCCGCCUCGCCCCGCUGAUCCAGGUCAUCCUGGACUGCAGCCAUCUCUAUGACUACACCGUCAAGCUUCUCUUCAAACUCCACUCCUGUCUCCCAGCUGACACCCUGCAAGGCCACCGGGACCGCUUCAUGGAGCAGUUCACGAAGCUGAAGGAUCUGUUCCAUCGCUCUAGCAACCUCCAAUACUUCAAGCGACUCAUUCAGAUCCCCCAGCUGCCUGAGAACCCCCCCAACUUCCUGCGGGCCUCAGCCCUGUCGGAACACAUCAGCCCUGUGGUGGUCAUCCCGGCAGAGGCCUCGUCCCCUGACAGUGAGCCAGUCUUGGAGAAGGAUGACCUCAUGGACAUGGAUGCCUCCCAGCAGAAUUUAUUUGAUAACAAGUUUGAUGACAUCUUUGGCAGCUCAUUCAGCAGUGAUCCCUUCAAUUUCAACAGUCAAAAUGGUGUGAACAAGGAUGAAAAGGACCACCUGAUCGAGCGACUGUACAGAGAGAUCAGCGGGCUGAGAGCCCAGCUGGAGAGCAUGAAGACUGAGAGCCAGCGGGCUGUGUUGCAGCUGAAGGGCCGCGUGAGUGAGCUGGAGGCUGAGCUGGCCGAGCAGCAGCACCUGGGGCGGCAGGCAGCUGAUGACUGCGAUUUCCUCCGGGCAGAGCUGGAUGAACUCAAGAAGCAACGGGAAGACACGGAGAAGGCACAGCGGAGCCUGACAGAGAUAGAGAGGAAGGCCCAGGCCAAUGAGCAGCGGUAUAGCAAGCUCAAGGAGAAGUACAGCGAGCUGGUUCAGAACCAUGCUGACCUGCUGCGGAAGAAUGCAGAGGUGACCAAACAGGUCUCUGUGGCCAGGCAAGCCCAGGCAGAUUUGGAACGAGAGAAAAAAGAGCUUGGAGAUGCCUUUGAGCGCAUAAGUGACCAGGCCCAGCGGAAGACCCAGGAACAGCAGGAAGUUCUAGAGAGCUUAAAGCAGGAGCUCACCACCAGCAGGCAGGAGCUGCAGCUCCUCCACAGCAACCUGGAGGCCUCUGCCCAGUCAGAAGCAAAAUGCACCGCACAGAUCACCGAGCUAGAGAAGGAGCGGGACAGCUUGGCGAGUGCCGCGGCAGGUCGGGAGGAGGAAUUGGCAGCCCUUCGAGAGCAGCUGGAGGGCUCCCAGCUCAAACUGGCCAGCACACAGGAGUCUGUGUGCCAGCUCGCCAAGGACCAGCGGAAGGCGCUGCUGCUGCGGUCCAGGAAGGCUGUGGAGCGCAUGGUGCAGGAGGCGCUGAGCCAGCUUGAAGAGCCCAUGCUCAUCAGCUGCGCAGGAUCCACAGAUCACCUUCUCUCCAAGGUCAAGUCUGUUUCCAGCUGCAUCGAGCAACUGGAAAAGAGUCGGAGCCAAUAUCUGGCCUGCCCAGAAGAUAUAGGUGACCUCCUGCACACUGUCACCCUGCUCGGCCACCUGACCAGUGACACCAUUGCUCAUGGCAGCAGCACCAGCCUCAGGGCCCCACCGGAGCCCGCAGACUCCCUGACCGAGGCCUGUAAGGAGUACGGCAGGGAAACCCUUGCCUACCUGGCCUGCCUGGAGGAAGAGGCAGCCCUCGAGAAUGCGGACAGCACGGCCAUGAGGAGCUGCCUGAGCAAGAUCAAGGCCAUUGGCGAGGAGCUGCUGCCCAGAGGCCUGGACAUCAAGCAGGAGGAGCUGGGGGACCUCGUGGACAAGGAGAUGGCCGCCACUUCAGCUGCCAUUGAAGCUGCCACAGCCAGGAUCGAGGAAAUGCUCAGCAAAUCCAGAGCUGGAGACACAGGAGUCAAGUUGGAGGUGAAUGAAAGGAUCCUUGGUUCCUGUACCAGCCUAAUGCAAGCCAUCCAGGUCCUGAUUGUGGCCUCAAAAGAUCUCCAGAGGGAGAUCGUGGAGAGCGGCAGGGGUACCGCGUCCCCUAAGGAAUUUUAUGCCAAGAACUCUCGGUGGACAGAAGGACUCAUCUCAGCCUCCAAAGCUGUGGGCUGGGGAGCCACCAUCAUGGUGGAUGCUGCUGACCUAGCGGUCCAAGGCAGAGGGAAAUUUGAGGAGCUGCUCGUGUGUUCCCAUGAAAUCGCUGCUAGCACAGCCCAGCUUGUGGCUGCAUCCAAGGUAAAAGCUGAUAAGGACAGCCCCAAUCUUGCCCGGCUGCAACAGGCCUCUCGGGGAGUGAACCAGGCCACAGCAGGGGUAGUGGCCUCAACUGUUUCCGGCAAAUCACAGAUUGAGGAGACAGACAAUAUGGACUUCUCAAGCAUGACGCUGACCCAGAUCAAGCGCCAGGAGAUGGAUUCCCAGGUCAGGGUGCUGGAGCUGGAAAAUGAGCUACAGAAGGAGCGUCAGAAACUAGGAGAGCUUCGGAAAAAGCACUAUGAGCUGGCCGGCGUUGCCGAGGGCUGGGAAGAAGGAACAGAAGCAUCUCCACCUACGCUGCAGGGAUCAGUACCUGAAAAAGAAUAGAGGCGAGCUAACGUGCCAUGAGUCAGUUUCUUUCCGUUUCAUCAUUUGCACAAACUUUCGAGCACCGAGGACUUGUGGCCUCCAAGCCAGGACGCUCCCGGAGUGCAGCCAGGACUGCGGGGGCGUCCCAGCUGAGAACAGCAAGGCAGUUCUCCCCUCUUUCCGCAGUUCCCUGGAUUCCCAGUGCUUCUUACAGUGGUCAUUUGAGUCUUUCAGUUUUCAAGUUUGAAAGUUUCACUCACAUAACCAACUCUCCCUGGAGCUCCACGCCCCCGGAUCCACACCACACAGCCACGGUACCGCUCAGGCUUUGCCUGGUGCUCCCACUCAGCCUCCUCGCCGAGUGCCCCGCUGAGCGAGUACCGGUCAGCCAGGGCCACUCACCAGGGGUGGGCGACAGCUCUCCUCAGAAGGCCAAAGCAGAGCGAGUGCCUUUCCUUCCUCAUGCUGGGUGCCAGCGGAACACCUCUAUCCACCGUCACAAGCCGGAGGGUGCUCAGGCCCCAGGGCUCCUGGGGACAUCUCUCCUUGGAACUCCUGUGACUAGGUCCAAACACCCUAGCACUUGGUCGAAUGAAUGGAGCCGGUCAGAGUAGCAACACUGCUUCCCUGGGGUGAGUUGCCUGGGCCACAUCAAGCGGGCCACCUCCUUCAACCCAGGCAGGGCCCUGGGAGGGUGUAAGGGCGACCUCCAGUUCCUUCCUCCCUCUGCCUGCCCUGGCAUCCUCUGGAACCCGAGAAAGAUUGUUCCAUGUGCUACCUAACUGACAGACCUGGCAGAGCAGGCCCUCUUGUUCCCUUCAGGAAAGAGCCCUGUGCUUGGUGUGGGCCCCUUUGUAUUUAUUACUAACCUUCAAGCAGCGACAGCCAAUACAGAGACACUUGAAGCAAUCAGGACUGAAGAUGACUGUGGCACGCCUGGCACUGCUGCCCUCCAGGGUCAGCCAUCAGGGAUCCCAAACAAGGCCAUGGUGCCGUCCCUGGGCAGUUCCAGGCUUGGAUCCCAAAAGCAAGCAGGUUCCUCAGAGCAGUGGGGCAGGGCAAACGAACAGUGGGGGCCACUGGCUCUGACUCCUUCCAGCCGCGUGUUCUUGGCGCUCGCUGCCCUGCAGACAAGACAAGGACAGAGGGCACAGCCGCCUAGAGACGGGGAUCCUGACAGCACUUUCCCACUCCUAAAUGGACCCCAACAUCAAGUGACCUUCCAUUCUUGGAAAAGCAGCGUCUUCCUUCUUUAUCUGUAGCAGCUCACAGGUUGUAGCAGGCAAGCACAUCUUUGGACCUGGGCCCAUGGUAGUGUGGCUGCGUUUUGCUACAUGACGGGUUGUGAGACUUGUUUAAUCACUGUGAAUCAACCUCCUUCUCCCCUCCCCGGUCCAUGCAUUUUCUAAGUGGGACACUUAAAACACUGUCUCCCUGAAACUCAGAUUAUCAUUUCCAGACGUGGGACCUCCAUGCUGGGCUCGGGAGGGAUCCACUGUAGGAACUGGCCCCAUCUUAUGUUCAGUGCUUCUCUGUGCUCAGAAAUAUUCCUCCAUUCUAAGAGUCUCACGGAGUGGCGUGUAGCAUCCCUGGCCCAUCUGUGCCACUUAAGCCAGUGAGUGUAUGGUCAGUGUGGGUCACCUUUUCCAAAAGUGGUACCUAGUUCUCACUUCUAGUCUAAACCACUCAGACUCGUGGUGGUUUGAGGAUACUGGAGCACAUUAGGAUUCUCUGAGUAAUACUCCUCCCUCUGAGAAGCCACCAUCAUUUUUAAGACUCUCUUGGGCUCAGCUUGAGUAAUAAAAUAGUUAAGGCGCAGAGCACAGACUGUGUGUCACACAAGUGUCACUGUCAGAUGUAGUAUAAUUAUUCUAUAACAGCACAAACCAUUCUGCCUUGGCUCAUCUAAAAAUGAGUGUGUUAGAGUCGGGGUGAAAUACCUUAAGUGAAAACAGAAAUCACAUCUUAAAGCUUUUAAAUGAGUCACUGGGCCUCUUUAGUAACUGAAGUCUGAUGAGUGGGUGUAGAUGGGGCGUAAUCAGGCAGGAUGGCAACAAAAUCUUGGCUUGGGACUAAAAAGGCUCCAAUUCAGCUAUGUCUGGUAUUUAAUUUUGUAAUACAGCAUUCUUAAAGCCUCUAGAGUAAGGAUAUUUGUGUACACAAUAAGGAAAAAAUAGAGGAAGAGACCUACCUUAUUGAGAUUAUUUUAUAUCUGAGCACAGAGUUUUAAUCAGACUCUGGUUUACAUUAUUUACUGGUUCUGCCACCCACGGUGGUGUCCCUAGGAUCCCACAUGAACGUGAGUCCUUAAUCCAGUGCCUGGAAGAACCUCUUUCAGCUACCAAAUCAGGCACCAACGUUCAGGCCAAAUGACAUGGGAAUCGCAGGGAUGUGUCAUUUCUGUCAGUUUAGUUUGCUUUGGCCUCUUGCCUCGUAGGAAGAGCUGGUUCUUGGCGGACACCGGGGAAGUUCUCACUUCUUCGUCACCUCUAUAGUCUGGAGGGGUCUCCUGGCUCCGUUUCACCCUGGUCUUUAAUAGCUGCCAAGUGUCUUGCUACUUUCUAUGCCUUUCCAGAUCUCCGAAAAUUCUUCCUGCCAAGAAAAGCCUUCUGUCCCAAACCUUUCGUCCAGAGCAGCUUUGCCCUCUCUCCACCAUCUUGGGUCCUCCAGUGUCCACACUGCCUGUAGCCUAGGAAACCACCACCAUGGACCCUGCCAGCCAUCAGUACAACAAAGCUGUUUACUGCUCAGUCCUUGUCUCCCAGGUCCAGACCAAAUAUAGGACCAGCAACACCCAAUGGUGUCACCGCCUGCCAUGCCCCAGGCACCAAAACAAUAAGAUAGAAUUGGUUAGAUGCUGUUGGACCCAAUUCGAAGAGUAGAUCCCAGACAUAUCUUUCAGGUGACCCUCAACUACCUCAGGUUUGAAGGCCCUAAAUUAUGCUGUUUACCACUCACAGCAACAAGCCGAGGGGGUUUGGUUAAAUCUAGGUGAUAACAAAUGUCUCAAAUUCACAACGAACUCACAUUUAGGUUUGCAAGGAUGGGUUGGGUUGGUUUUUCUUCUGUUUUUAACCUCUUCCCCCAGUUCUCCAUUAGAAUAGUUCCUAUAAAUAAAUUUCAUUUCUCACGGAGUGCCUACCUUCCCAGGGCAGGUAGCCACUGGCUUUUGUUUCCUUCCAACAACACUUUUAUUAUGGUAUUAAGACCUUUCUUUGUAUAAUACAUUGCAUCUGUGUUUUCAAUUUUUCAAAUAAAUAUUUCAGCUUGGCAGCAGGGGGCAGUAGUGAUAACCGGUCACAGUGGCCUUGAGAUCUGGGCUCCAGGGAAAAGCCUGCUGGUGCACCCUAAGAUUCCUGGGAUCCACUUAGCUCUGUGCCUCGGGGUCUGCAUCUUAGGAACAUUUAUCGGCUCUUCCUGCGCAUGUUCUGUCUUUGUGCAGCGCCCUGUGAGACUGAUCAGACAGUGCCAAAGUGGUCAUGACGAUGAUUUAUCCAGAGAGCCAGGUCUCUGUGUAAAAUCUGAGGGCUCAGGCUGUGGCUACUCCUUCCUUAUCCUAAAGAUACAAGCAUAAAGUGCUGCCUUCAAAUUGGAUGUGACUCAUUCAGCUCACGACUGGAAGUUGCUAAUCAUGAGGAGAUUCGAAGUAAAAUAGCCGCAGCCGCUGUAGGAUUUGCAGAGGAGCUAACAAAGGGGUUGGGCUGCACAGUGACCUUUCCACUGCAGGGCAGACUGCAUGAAGAUACAUGAGGUGACCCACUGGGGACAUGCAGAGACUCAGAGACUCAGAGAAGGGUGGCUGCAGACUCUGGCCUCUGGCUGGGCUUCUCCACCUCCGGUAACAGUGCCACAGUGACCCUGCCUGCUCUGAAGCACUUCUGAUAGGACGGAGGGUUCCUGGUCACAGUGGCCUGCAGGUUAUUCCUGGAGCUCGAUUGUGAAGCUCAGGAGCCCAGAAAGCCAGGCAGCAGGACUAUCCUGGAUCCUAGGCUUCCACGAAGUUGCAUUGAAAUUGGCUAAGUCCCCCUUCCAGACCCGAGUCUGACCUGGGCCAACAGAGCUACCAAGCCGAAACCUUGCAGGUGUGCCACUCCCCCCAGCAGCACUUAGCCUUGAUCAGGUGCCCCAGGAGCUGGUGCUCACACCCGAGAGGACCUUCUGCGUCCAGUUCCAGGAGGGCAGCCUAGUUAGCUGUUCAGUUGGGCUGGCAGAGUGUUCUGAUACCAGAAUGAUGCUAACAGCCCCUUUAAAAGGCUUGGAGGGUUAGGGUUUAUACAGGCAGGGGUCAAAGCUGCCUGGGAUCUGGGCUUGGGGCUGCUAAGGUGAAAAGGGAGAAAGUGGAGGUGGGCAAGUGACAGGAAGGCACAGAGUGAAAGCACACUGGGUCCGGCUGUGAGUUAAAGCCAGCAGGUUGGAAUCCCUCCUGUCCUGGUCACCCCCGUCUCUCAUGUCACUGAUGUGUGGCAGACUUCUGAACGUUACUUUCGAAUGAACGGAUGGCCCCUAUAUUCCAGCACGUCCACAGACACUUUAUACAUUACGCAUCCAGCCAGGUCCUUUGGAGGACAAAGGCUUUACGUUCCCUGUCCUCAAAAAUUGCAUUCAUAUGUUGCUGCCCGCUGUCUGCUGUGUCAGGCACCGGGAGCACAGCGAGAACAAACAUGGUUCUGGAGUGCAGGCUGUUGAGGGAAACAACAGCAUGAUGCAGCAAUCAUGGUAACAGGCGCUAAGGUAAGGCAGAAUACCAGCAGCCUGUCAGGAGUCCUGGAAAAGCACCCUUGACAAGGAUACUGAGUAUCAGUCAGUGCUAACUAGAGAAACAUUUAAUGCAAGAGGUAGGAAUGUAGAAUUUAGAAGAAUGGCUUACAGUGUCCACCCAGCCAGGUAUGGAAGAGUGCAGAAGGGCUGUCUGUGCGCUGGACAGCUGAAGGAUCCAGCUGAAGGCCUGGACACUGUAGUGUCCCCUGUGUGUCUGUAUCAGGAGGCCAAAGGGUCUGUGCUGGGAACUAAGAGGGACAUCCAACAGGUGAGGACUAGAGCUCCCCUGAAGAAACAGGAGCCAGCCUCUUUCUUUUCCUUUUAUUCCAUUCAAGCGACAAAUCUGUUGGUUGCUGCCACUCAUGCCCAGGGUGAGUCUUCAGUCUUCAGUAAAUCCUUCAGCCACACCCAAAACUAUGUUGAUCCAAUUCAACUGGGCAUUUCUUACUCAAAUUGACACAGUUAACAAUCACCCUGAGCUAAGAUCCAGAAGAUGAGGACCUAGUAGGCAGACAAGGUAGUAAGAAAGUUCACUCCCAGUAGGAGGUGCAUGUGCAAAGGCCCUGUGGUGAGACAAAAUAAGUGAAAAAACAAGCAGGGCAAGAUUUGCAUUUUGAAAAGACUUCUGGAUACAGUGUGGACUUCAGAUCCAAAUGGAGCAGGAACAGGUAGGCAAACCAGAAGACAGCAGUUGUAAUGGCCCAGACAAAGGAUGGCAGUGAAAACAGCAGAAGUGGCCACAGGUGGGGGGAGCAUGCUAGAGAGGCACUUCCAAGGAGGGCUCUGAGAUUUCUUCUGGUUUGUGGAACUGAUGGUCCCAUCACCUAGGGGAGGGCAUGUGGGCAGAAAGCUAGAGGGGCAUCAGGGGGAUGUUCUCAAUGGGUUGCCUUGGAGACCCCAGGAGAUGCCAAGGGAUCCCUGAGGAGAUUUGAUGGUGACUGAAAGCACAGCUCAGAAAGAAUGAGAAAAGCUGCAGAGCAGAGGCUUGAGGCUCAGUUCACGAGUGCCUUGGAAAGCAGAGUGAGGGGUAGAAGGAGGAUCUAGGCAAUGUGGGUCUGGCAACCAAGGGCAGAUUGAUUUUAGGCAAACACAGCACUGUUCCGAACGCCCAAGACCAUCUGCACAUGGAAUGACUGAGAAAGGCUGCCCCCAAACAGUCACUGGUCUCCAAAGGGUGUAUCUGAUCCACCGGGUACAAUAAGAGGAUAAUGGGACGCCAUGAAAGAAAGAAAAAUGAAGCAGUAAGUUUAGGAAAAGUCGACAUUCUGAUGAAAGCAUAGCAUUUCUUAAACAUGGGAAACACAGCUAAAAGGUUAUGACCAAGCCAAAGAUCAAUUUGAAUACUAGGCUCUCAGUCCAUUCAGGUUGUUAUACCAGAAGUACCCUAGACUGAGUAAACAGCAAACCUUUCUCACAGUUCUGGAGGCUGGAAAGUCCAAGGUCAAGGGCCGGCAGGUAGCAGCCAGACACAGCGACACUUUCUUGCUGUAUUUGUGGCAGAGAGAAACGAUUCAUGGUUCACUGGGGCACCAAUCCUCUUCACAAGGGCUCCAGCUUCCUCACUAAUCACUUCCCAAAGGCACCACCUCCAAACCCCAUCACACUGGGGGUUGAGACUUCAAGGUAACCUCUUGGUGGCUCACGCCUGUCAUCCCAGCACUCUGGGAGGCUGAGGCAGGAGGAUCACAAGUUCCAGCCCAGGCUGGCAACUUAGUAAAUUACUGAGAUCCCGUGUCAAAAUAAAAAAUAUAAAAGGGCUGGGGAUGUUGCUCAGUAUGAAGGCCAUGAAUGCAAU